GAAGAACCAUGUCCUCCCUUGAGACUGGUGGAGGGUUGACUGUUCAGAAUCACAAUCCCAUUUAAUAGAAGCAUCUAACUUCAUAGCUAGAAGAAGAAUCAAGCUCUGGAGUAACUGCGUGCGCAGAUGGGAGAUCGUACAGUGGAUCAAAAUGGUCCUAUGCGCGUGUUGGUGACUGGGGGAACUGGUCUGGUGGGCAGGGCCAUAGAACAUGUGGUCAAAGAAGAGGGAGGGGCCAGAGAGGGAGAGGAGUGGAUCUUCCUCUCGUCUAAGGACGCAAACCUCAUGGACAUGGGUGAGACACGGGCAGUGUUUCAGAAGCACCAGCCCACCCACAUCAUCCACCUGGCAGCCAUGGUGGGAGGGCUCUUCAAGAACAUGAGGGCCAACCUAGACUUCUGGAGGAACAAUAUCUACAUCAAUGACAACGUUCUUCAGGCAGCACACGAGGUAGACGCUGUCAGGGUGGUCUCUUGUCUCUCCACCUGCAUCUUCCCUGACAAGACCACCUACCCCAUUGAUGAGACCAUGAUCCACAACGGCCCUCCUCAUGAGUCUAACUAUGGUUACGCCUACGCUAAGAGAAUGAUUGAUGUCCACAAUAGGGCGUAUCACCAGAAGCAUGGGCGGUGCUACACAGCAGUGAUACCAACAAAUGUGUUUGGUCCUCAUGAUAACUUCAACAUUGAGGAUGGACAUGUACUGCCAGGUCUCAUACACAAAGCCUACAUUGCUCAGAAGGAGGGCAGUCCGUUGGUGGUGUGGGGCUCAGGAACUCCCAGAAGGCAGUUCAUCUACUCAUUGGACCUGGCUCAUCUCUUCCUCUGGGUGCUGAGAGAGUACCAUGAGGUGGACCCCAUUAUACUGUCUGUUGGCGAGGAGGAUGAGGUGUCCAUCAAGGAGGCAGCCGAGGCCGUCGUCGAGGCGCUGGGAUUCAAAGGUCAAGUGACUUAUGACACUACCAAAGCGGACGGUCAGUUCAAGAAGACUGCCAGCAAUGCCAAGCUGCUGCGGCACCACCCCAACUUCACCUUUACCCCCUUCAAACAAGCCUUGAAGCAGACGUGUGAUUGGUUCGUGGCCAAUUACGACAACGCCCGCAAGUGAAUAUUCCUUCAAUCUGAUUGAGUCACGGGUAACUGCAUACAUGGAGUGUGUCUGAAAGUGGGAGGAUCAACAGAGCGGGUGUAUGGAAAGCGAAUCAGCUAAUUGGGCAAUUUGUUGCCACUCUCGACCGUUUUGCAUGGCAGAUUGGGCUGCACAACCAGUUGAUUGUUGACAACUGUAGCAUUUUAGCUAACCUACCACCAGGGUUGGGUAGGUUACAUUCUAAAUGUAAUGUUAGGUACCUGUCCAAAAUUGUAAUCAAUGUGAGUGUGUUGCUAUGGGUUAUAGUAGUAAAAGCCAAAUUCAAUAUUUUACCUCCCCCCAAAAAUUGGUGAUACCUACAGGGGUCCUACAAUUCUAAAUCAAAUACCUAAAAUAAUUCACGGUAUGACCGUCUUAAAACAAUUCCAUAUGUUAGUUUAGUAAAAUCCCCCCCCUGAUGUUACAUCCAUCGCUGUUGAUCCACUCACUUCUUUUGAAACUCCCACUAUUCAGUCACACUUCAAGUAUGCAGUUAUCUAUACUUGAUCUGACUGGCUGUCAAGCAACCAGUCCCAGGAAGACAGGAGCAGGAAGAGGAGGUCGUGGAGUCAAACCUUCAGGAGCUGAAGGUUCUAGAACUGAAGAAUGUACUCGUCAGACCUCACAUGAGGAACGUUAACUGCCAUCUUGUCAGAUUGAUGUGGGCUCGUGCUGGAGUGAGGGGAAUUGACAGUGUAGCUUGUAGUGUCUGAGUUUAUCUCUCAGUAUUGUGGAAUGAUUAUCAUGUUAAAUGUAGGUGUCGGCAUGCACGUUACAUUUGUGCGAACGCCAAUAAAUUACAGAAGAUGAAAUGUGGUCCUGAUCGUGUCGCUGAAAUUCCUUGAAUGUGAAGUUUGGGCUUGUCUGAACGUUCUGUCUAAACCACUUUGGAUGAGUCCCAAACUGCAUCAUAUUCCCAAUAUAAUAUUCCCACUACUGUGGACCAGAGCCCUAUGGCACAAUGUAGGGAAUAGGGUACCAUUUGGGACGCAUCCUAUCAAAUGAUGUCUGGAGUGACCAGAUGGACUCCACUGUCUCGUCUCCCCUGUCCCCCUCGCUAUAAUCAUGCCUACACCAUAGGAAUAGAAUUGUCCAAAAAUAAACCACAAUAGGAAGGCUCUGGUGAAUUCUGUUCAGAGUGGGCUGUUCACACUACUCUCAAUUUGUCUACUGUAUCAUCUGAUGCAUGUUGAGUUUUAUAUUUUUGUUCACUAUACAACAAUUUCAAAGAUUUUACUGAGUUAGUUCAUAUAAGGAAAUCAGUCAAUUGAAAUAUGUUCAUUAGGUCCUUAUCUAUGGCUUUCACAUGACUGGGAAUACAGAUACCUUAAUAAAAAGAAAAUGGAUUUCGUCACGGUA